AUGGAAUUUAAUUUUGAGAAUGUUGGUCCAAAUUUACCGAAUUUGGCAGAUUUGAAAAAGUACCUGCGUGAGGAGAAGCCGCUCUACUACCAAGUAUUGGAGGAAUAUUUGAAAAAUGCGGCGCGUUUGAUUAAUGAAUUAGGAGCGAAAUUGGAGAGAAGUGAGCGUCAAGCUCACGACGAAGGAAGGGUUGAGGAGAGGCAACGUGACAAUGAGGAGCAGCUCGUGCUCCACCUCCCCGAGCAGCAACAACGUGAGGAGCAGGAAGUGAUAGAACCAGUACCGGCACUGGUUCACGAUGAACCAGAGGGGGAGGAGGAAGACGAGGUAACGGAUUUACGGCAAUUAUCACACGAGCCGUUCCUCAAUGAAGAAGUUAUUGAUGCGGUGCCAAGAACCCCGGUAGUGGUCCGGAAACGUAGAGAAAUAAUAGCAGCUCGUGAAAUUGUAUUGUAA